UUGCUAUACUCGCGAUGAAGAAAUCAGUUCUGUUCCGUUAUUUACACCUGUUAAAUUGGUUUCGACGUACCUGAAAUGAACAGUAAAAAAGAAGUAUUCCAAAGCAAAUUUCACGCAUUACAUCUGGAGAAAUGUAGCAGAAGACUUUUCGACAGGAUGUCAAUAAAUUAAUGGUUAAAAGAAGGCAAUAGUCCCAUAUAAAAAAAAAAUAUUAAAUUCCAGUUAGUCUGGGUAGACUAUUUAGUUAAAUGAGCAUACUUUUUGGAAAAAUACCAUAAUGUCUGCGGGCGCGGAAUCGUUAGCCACGGCUGAACCCCACCUUAUCCCAGGGUACGCAGGAUAUUGUCCACAAUAUCGCUAUAGAUGCGGUGAAACGUACGGAAGUAUAACGCACAAAGUGCUUCUUGAUCCCACAGUGAAUCAUGCGGAAACGCUAAUUUUGUCGAAUCGGGUCACCGACGAUUACGAAGUUCAAAGGCCACCAAAAAAUGAUAUAGACGUAGUGAAUACCCGUUACAAACACACCGAUCCUAUAUUCGUUCAUCCUAUCAUGCCAGGAUACGAAGGUUUCACGCCAAGACUGAAUGCCAACAACGGGCAAAGGUACACUGUGCUAGCCACUGAGGGACUUGCCGAAUUCGAGAGACAACAGAUAAGAAAUAAAGCUGCUCUUAACGUACUUAAAAGAACAAUAGCUAUACAAAGUGGACACGGUGAACCGCGAAAUUUAGAAGAUCGUUUACUCAUUAAAAGUGAAUUCAAGUUACCUAUGCUCACCGUUCGGCCCGACCGCGUAGGCGUAAUGAGAAACUUAUUUUUGGACGAACAGCACGAAACACCUAGAGAUCACUCGCCAUCUCCAUAUUUCAUGGACAAUGCGAAUCCGAAGAAAUACUUUGUCAGCCGAUAUGCGGGUCAUAUACCGUACGGGUAUGCGCAUUUCGGGGCAUCGAACGUUCCCGCCACCAAUAGCGCGCUUUGUGACUUCACAUCCAACUAUCGAAAACGACAGAGCACGGAAUGGGCACCGGUAACAAUUUCGAGGCCUGACCCACCGCUGGCCAUCCAACCCACUAUGAUCUAUCACAAGCACGUUGGAAUGAUUCCAAAUUACCUUGGGCACGUGCCCGGAGAGACAUUCAGAUUUGGUAAAACCUUUGGAGCUGACACUAAAGAUGCAAAAAGAUGGCUUCGUGGUGACUUCUCGGCGUAGAAUAUAUCGUACAAUAUCCUAUACCUGGACUCAACAGUUUCGUCCAUUGUGUAACAAUUACUGUAAUAUUUUUGUGUAUAAAAAGCAGAAAUGAGAAAAGUAUAUACAGUGUUUAAUCAUAAUUAAUCUCUUAAGGAAUGCAUGGCACAAUAUGU